AUGUUGUUUUCGCCGGAAAGGAAUUCAAACUUCGAAAGACAACUAUUUCGUUCAUUGAAGCCUGAAGAAGAUGAAUGUUUGAACAAAUGUCUUUUAAGAUUGCGGGGCCAAGCGGCCAAAUGUCAAUUUGGUGAGACAAAGGAUGAAAUAUUGGGUACUAACUUGAAGGAUAAACUUAUCGAUACAUGGGCACCAAAUGAUUUGAAGAAACGACUUUUGGAAAAAGAGUUCUCGCUCUCAGAUACCAUCGAGAUGUGUCACGUUUAUGAACAAAUAAACAAUCAAUCUGAAACUAUGAAAUUACCUAAUGUAUCUGUUGACAUUAACAGAGUUGAAAAUAGAAACCAGAAUAUCGAAUGUUGUAGAUGUGGUCAACGGGGACAUACAGGUAAUAGUGCUGGUUGUCCCGCUAAAAGGUCGAAAUGCAACAAAUGUGGGUUUAUUAGACAUGUGAAAAAACAGAAAAGUACUUAUUCAAACAUACAAUUUGUUGCGGAUGACAAGAAGCUUGAAAUUGAUUCCAUGCAGAGUAAGUGGAAUGAACACAAUUGUUUUCGAGUGACAGAUUCAUUGAACGAACACAUGAAUGAAAUGAUAGAGUGCUACAUAGGAGGCCGGAAAAUUUCAGUGUUGAUUGAUUCGGGAUCACAGCAGAACUUGCUUAGUGAGAAAGAUUGGGAGUAUCUCUGCAGAAAACAGGCCACAGUGCGGAACAUUCGAUCCGAAUCUGAGAAUCAGUUUCGUGCAUAUUUUUUUGAUGCUGUAAUAGGUCUUGAAGAAAAUUAA